AUGCAGCAACAUCAAUACGAGUUAUUUGAUCCACCUUCUGAUGCAAUCUCUUCAGUUGUUUUUAGCCCAACACAUUCAAAUUAUUUAAUCGUUUCUUCGUGGGAUAAGACUGUUAAAUUAUAUGAUGUUUCGGAGAAUUCCUUGAGAGCCUCAUUUGAUCAUAAUGCAGCAGUUCUUGAUUGUUGUUUUUCAGACAGAGAAUGUGUUUAUAGUGCAGGAUUAGAUCAAUGUGUCAGAAGUUUCGAUGUUAAUACUUCUAAUGAUACUAUAAUUGGAACUCAUGAUAAAGCUGUGAAAUGUAUAGAAUAUUGCGCAGAAACUAAUAUGAUAGUGUCCGGAUCAUGGGAUGCAACUAUUAAAUUAUGGGAUCCACGAGCAAAUGAUCCUAAAAUUGGGACAUAUUCAAUGGGACAAGGUGCAAAAGUUUUUACCAUAUCACUUGUUGGAACCAAAUUAGUAAUCGCAACAGCUGGCAGACAAUUGUUUAUAUAUGAUCAAAGGAAUAUGACGGAGGCACUUCAAAAACGAGAAAGUUAUGCAAGUAGUUCGAUUGAAGGGAGGGUCGCUGUAGAUUUUUUUGAUCCAUCACCUGAAAUACAAGCUCGUAAAUACGCUUUCAAGUGUCACAGAAAAGUUAUUGAUGGUGUAGAUACUGUUUAUCCUGUCAACGCCUUAGCAUUUCAUCCAAUUCAUGGCACUUUUGCAUCAGGUGGAGCAGAUGGAACUGUAAAUAUUUGGGAUGGGUUUAAUAAGAAACGUAUAUUGCAAUAUCCACAAUAUCCAACCAGUAUUGCAAGUUUGGAUUUCAGUAAAGAUGGACAAUUUUUGGCAAUAGCGAGUAGUUAUACAUUCGAAGAAGGUGAAAAGGAUCAUCCACCAGAUUCUGUUUUUAUAAGACAUAUCGGAGAAAAUGAAUGUAAACCAAAAAAUUUAGUCAAUAAUAAUAAUGCAUCAUAG